UGAAGAUGGCAACGUUAAACUUAAGGUUAGUUUGUGCUGCUCUGGGAUCCGUGUUGGUUAGCUUUGUGUCACAAUGUAAAGUUGUUGCAAGUUCUGGUUGAACCCGGACAGGAAUGAAUUCCGGGAGGCUCGACGUCAAAAUAAAACGAGUUUGCGCGAGAAAGAGGUCGCGAAGCAUUCUGAAGACUCACCUGACCCCUGUCCGGAAGAAAGAGGGACGCCUCGGACCAGGGACAUGUCCCCCCAACAGCAUCAUGACGGAUAGUCGGGCUGCGGAGUUCUGCAGUGACAGCGAAGAUUUGUUUGGUGACUACGACAGCAUCCUUGAGGACAGCUCUCUCUUGGCGAAGUUGGACGAUGCAGAACAAAACGAGAGGCUGCGAGCAGCCAACCAGCACGACUUUGCUAAUCUGCAGCUGUCUAAAGACGGCGAGCGGAAACAACCCUGUGAGAAUGCUCUCUCUGACUCCAUCUUGGGUGAGUUCAGACCCUUUGAGGACUUACCAACAAGCCAGCUGCAAUUUCACGAACAAACGAAAAGGAGCCGACUGCAGGAUGAAAACAAAACGUCCACACCUCGUCAAAGUGCCAGCAGGAUGGUCGAGGCUGGAAGAGAAACAAGCGCAGAAGGUGAAACCAAGAGGCCCAGCAGAGCGAGGAGGAGCGUGGCGGACCUGCUGAAGAGGACGAUGCUUGGGAAUGCCGCGGCUCCUCCUGGAGUUUCUCGGACAGCUGUGCUGAAAGAGGCUGUGGUUUCUGAGGAGAUCAGUGUCGCCGUGCAGGCCAUGGAGGCAAUAUCAGCUGAGACGACUGACCUCGGACCUUUCUUUGGACUCCCCAGCAAAGUAAAAGAGCUGAUGCACAAACUGAGAGGAAUUCAGAACUUAUAUGACUGGCAGGAGAAGUGUCUGAACCUGGACUGUGUUGAGCAGAGGAAGAACUUCAUCUACUCUCUGCCCACCAGUGGAGGGAAGACUCUGGUCGCGGAGAUCCUCAUCCUCAGGGAGCUGCUUUGCAGGAAGAAAGACUGUUUGUUGAUCUUACCGUACAUAUCUCUGGUGCAGGAGAAGGUGCGUGGGUUAGCGAGCUUUGGUCUGGAGCUGGACUUCAUGGUGGAAGAGUACGCUGGCAGCAAGGGCAAGUUUCCUCCAGUGAAGAGAAGAAACAAGAGGUCCCUGUACGUCGCUACGAUAGAGAAGGCCCACAGCCUCGUCAACUCUCUUAUAGAAACCAACAGGCUGGAGAACCUGGGGCUGCUGGUGGUUGAUGAGCUGCACAUGCUGGGUGAUGGCAGCAGAGGGGCUGUGAUUGAAAUGACUCUGGCCAAAGUCCAGUACAUGAGCAAAACAACGCAGAUUGUUGGAAUGAGUGCCACUCUGGGAAAUAUUAAAGAUCUGCAGACGUUUCUGAAGGCUGAAAACUACACAAAUGACUUCAGGCCUGUUCAGCUGAAAGAAUAUGUUAAAGUAAACGAUACGAUCUAUGAAGUCGACCCAAAGGAAGAGAACUGCUUCAGAUUCUCACGACUGCUGAACUUUAAAUAUUCCAGUGCGAUGCAGAAGAUUGACCCCGAUCACAUCAUCGCUCUGGUGACCGAAGUCAUCCCAACACACUCGUGUCUGAUCUUCUGCCCCACCAAGAAGAACUGCGAGAACGUGGCAGGGAUGAUCUGCAGAUACCUGAAGGAGCAGUUCCUGCAGCACCGCGAGCAAGAGAAGACCGUCCUCCUGCAGGAGCUGAGGGACAGUGGGAAUGGCUCGGUGUGUCCGGUGCUCAGGAGGGUUGUACCGUACGGCGUGGCCUACCACCACAGUGGGCUGACCUCAGAGGAGAGGAAACUAGUGGAGGCGGCCUACUCUGACGGCGUGCUCUGCCUCCUCACAUGCACCUCCACCCUGGCUGCAGGCAUCAACCUGCCUGCCCGCAGGGUGAUCCUGCGCUCGCCCUACGUGGCUACAGACUUCCUGAAGAGGAGUCAGUACAAGCAGAUGGUCGGGCGGGCGGGUCGAGCUGGGAUCGACACGGCAGGAGAGAGCAUCCUUAUUGUGCAGGAGAAAGACAAGAAUAUGGUCCAAGCACUGGUGUGUUCCCCGGUAGAAAACUGUUUCAGUAACCUGAUGCACGAUGACGGGAAAGGCGUGCUGAGCCUCAUUCUUUCACUAAUCGGAUUAAACAUCACCACGUCGCUGCAGCAGAUUCAGGACUUCCUGCAUGGCACACUGCUGUUUGUGCAGCAGCAGCAGCUGUGCAUGGAGAAGAGUCUGUGGGACGUCGUGCUGCAGUGUGUCGACAUGCUGAAGGAAAAAGACCUCAUCACCGUCAGCGAUGCAGACCUUCUCAGUCCAGCGCUGCAGAUCACCAAGCUGGGGAGAGCUGCUUACAAAGGCUCUGUGGACCUGACCUACUGUGACGUUCUCUACAAAGACCUGAGUAAAGGUCUGGAGGGGCUGCUGCUCAACAGCUACCUGCACCUGGUCUACCUGGUGACUCCCUACGACCUGAUCCCACAGUGCAAGCCCGACUGGAUGAUUUACUUCAGACAGUUCACCUUGCUCUCGGCUGCAGAGCAGAAGAUGUCGGCUGCUGUCGGCGUGCCCGAGAGUUUUGUUGCAAGAAAGGCUGCAGGCCAGACGGUGAAAAAGAACAUGAACCUCGGGGUGGUGAGGCGGAUGUACCUCUCUCUUGUGCUCUUUUCUUUGCUGAAGGAAACAAACGUGUGGAGCGUGGCUGAAAGGUUCCAGCUGAGCCGAGGCUUCGUCCAGACGCUGCUCACUUCUGCCUCGGCCUUCUGCUCCUGUGUGCUGCACUUCACUGAGGAGCUGGAGGAGUUCUGGCCAUUCAAAGCUCUACUCACAGAACUGACCCGACGACUGAGUUACUGCGUGAAGGCUGAGCUGAUCCCCCUGAUGGAGGUGGCAGGAGUCAUGGAGUCGAGAGCAAAGCAGCUGUACAAUGCUGGCUACAAGACUCUGGCUCACCUAGCCAACGCUGACCCUGCCGUUCUCUGCAGGACGAUAGAAAACCUCUACAAGAAGCAAGCCAACCUGAUGGUGGCCUCAGCCAAAAUGCUUCUGAAUGAAAAAGCUUCUGUUCUCCAGGAGGAAGUGGAGGAGCUGCUGGCACUGCCUGAUGACCUGCCACAGUUUUAA